AUGGCCUGCCAGGUGUUCAGCAGCGACCACUUCACCCCACUUACAGGAGAUUCCCCGUUGCCUAUCCUCAUGCACCACGCCUCUACCGGGGACUGCCUGCCGGGCAGCUCCCAUUCUCACAGCAUGGUGUCUGCAGUAUCGUCUGGGCUGUCCCUGGGCCAGCCCUCCAAGCGCUCCCACAUGCACCUGUCCACCUCCACCCUCGGCAACGCUCUUGGCAACGGCGCCCCGGGCUUGCAUUACCCAGUCGCCCCCUGUCACUACAGCAACCAGCAGGCCACCUAUGGCAUGAUGGCAGCUCAGGAGAUGCUCUCUGCCAGUAUCUCUCAGACUCGUAUCCUGCAGACAUGUGGCGUACCUCACCCCAACAUGGUAGGCAGUGCAAAUCCAUUGCAAGGGUCUCUUACUCCUUGCCUGUACAAGUUUCCGGAUCAUGGGCUCAGUAGUGGUUCCUGUGCAUUAAGCCAUGGUUUCUCCUCACUGCCCCCGGCCCUCCUCUCCAGUGAUGAGGCCCCUGGGGGCCAGUGUAUUGGGGAGAUGAAAACUGAAGGCAACAGGAAGACCAUGCGGGACCCAGAAGAGGCCCCUGCCAUGGACUCCCGGCAGAUACGAGAGCUGGAGAUGUUUGCCAAUGACUUCAAAAUACGGCGGAUCAAACUGGGCUACACACAGACCAAUGUAGGCGAGGCGCUCGCUGCAGUGCACGGCUCAGAGUUCAGCCAGACCACAAUCUGCCGCUUUGAAAAUUUGCAGCUGAGCUUUAAGAAUGCUUGCAAACUCAAGGCCAUUCUGUCUAAAUGGCUUGAUGAAGCUGAGCUGGCCGGUGCCUUGUACAAUGAUAAAAUAGGAAUGAAUGAGCGCAAGAGGAAAAGGAGAACGACUAUCAGCCUUGGAGCUAAGGAAGCCCUGGAGCACAGCUUUAUGGAAAAAAGUAAGCCUUCCUCCCAGGAAAUAGCCCGGAUAGCCAAAGGCCUCCAUCUGGAGAAGGAGGUGGUCAGAGUCUGGUUCUGCAACAGACGCCAAAGAGAGAAACGGGUCAAAACCAGUCUCAACCUCAGCUCCUGUUUGAACAAACUCAGUCCGCACUGCAUUCUACAGAUGUGUAAAACACAAAGACCAAUGACAUAG